CGGAGCCCCUGACAGGGAAAAUCUGGACACUGGAUGACUUCGAGGGCAGCCCUGCUUUGCUGGUUAUGUUCAUAUGCAAUCACUGUCCGUUUGUAAAACAUCUUAAAAAAGAUAUUGCAACGCUCACUUCAUUCUACAAGGAGAAAGGACUUGCUUCUAUCGCCAUAUCCUCAAAUUCAAUUGUGACAUAUCCCAAGGAUGGUCCUGAAUACAUGGCUGAGGAGGCAGAAUUGUUGAAGUACUCUUUUCCUUAUUUGUAUGAUGAGUCUCAAGAAGUUGCCAAAGCAUUUCGAGCAGUCUGCACACCAGAGUUCUACUUGUUCAAAAAGGAUGAGCAAAGGCAAUUUGAACUCUUUUAUCACGGCCAGUUUGAUGAUUCAAGACCCAGAAACAAUGUGCCAGUCACUGGAAGGGAUUUAAGCCAUGCAAUUGACUGUGUACUUAAUGGCGAAGAAUUGCCUUUCUACCAAAAACGAAGUGUCGGGUGCAGCAUCAAGUGGCAUGAGUGAAAUCAAAGAAGUAAUAUCAUCAGCAACUGGACAAGAAGCUAGGCAACUGAGCAAGCAGUACUGUCGUGCUAACUUCGUCGGCUGAACAUCGGCAAUAUAAUUUGGAUCGGAGGGAGUAGUACUUUUUUGGUACAAUGUAUGAAAGAAAUGUCUUCAUAGUUUUA